CACAACAUAAAUAUUCCUAAACCACUGCAAAAACUGGAGAAAAGUAAACAAGGGAACAAAGCAAUUAUUCUCAAACUAAGGAGAAGAAGAAGAAGAAGAACAAGAAGAACAAGAAAUGGUGUUAGGAUGGAAAGAAGAACACUUAGAUCUUGUCUUAGUCCCAAGUGGUCUGCUAAUCAUGUUUGGCUAUCAUCUUUUUCAUCUUCACAAAUGUCUUAACUGCCCCGAGACCACAGUCAUCGGCUAUGAAAACUACAGCCGGAGGAUUUGGGUAGCAAGAAUCUUGCAGAUCGAGCCCAAGGAGAGAGGCCAAGCAAUAACCGUAAUAGGCAGCAAUAUAUCGGCCGCCACAUCACUCGCCUCAAUCUCCCUUACACUGAGCUCCAUAAUCGGGGCAUUGAUCGGGAGCUCAUACCAAAACACCUACUUAAACAGGUCAAUAUACGGAAAUAUGAGUCCCACAGUUACUUACAUCAAGUAUAUAUCACUACUCGCGUGCUUCAUGAUAGCUUUCGCAUGUUUCGUUCAGACAGCGAGGUGUUUUGUCCACGCAAAUUUCCUCAUAAGCAUGCCGAAUUGCAAGAUGCCUGUGAAAAAUGUCGAGAGCUCGGUUAUUAAAGGAAGUACCUUUUGGGUUAUCGGUUUGAGGUCGCUUUAUUUUGCGGCCAAUUUGUUGCUCUGGAUUUUUGGGCCGAUCCCAAUGUUUGUGUGCUCGGUUUUCACGGUGGCGCUUUUGCGGUAUUUGGAUAGGAAUGCGGGCCCACUGCCUCGUUUUGGAGAAUCCGAUAAGAUGAACAAGGAAAUGAGUGAAGUUGAUCCGUCCGUAAUAUCACCCGAUUUCGAAUCAGAUGAGCUUCUUGUUGAUGGUAUUUCACUUUCACUUUUGCUACUAGAAUCUUCCAUGAAGGAGUUAAAGGCUAGCUGA